CAAAAAACAAAGAACUACGGAAGGGCUGGCUUAUCUGCAACAUCUUUGCAAACUUUUUCCAUUACUUUUAAUCAGCUGGUGACAUUGGUGUUACAAAACCUCCCUAAUAAAGUAUUGCUUCGGUGUGUUGUAUAUUUGUAUGUAAACACUUCUAAUGGAUAGUGAGCCACCAUCCGGCGGACGUUUGGUCGAUUUAGUGGAUAACGAGUGGAUUGCAGACGAACUGCCGUUCGACCACAUCCAAGUGCCUUGCGAUAAGCUUCCGGAUCCCGAGGCAGACAAUGGUGACUCACACUUGACACUGAAAGAACAAGAGCAGAAAUGGACUGAUUUAGCUCUUACUUCACUGGCUCCGGAUCUAUCCGUUACCGAGCAAGUAAAUUUCCCUGGUGUUUAG